AUGCUGCAAAGGUCCCGCGAGAGAGGAGUCCGGCUCAAUCCCGAGAAGAGCACAGUCGGCGCUACAGAGGUCAGCUACUUCGGACAUCUUCUUACAGCGACUGGAAUCAAGCCAGAUCCACAGAAGAUCUUAGCCAUAAAAGAAAUGGAGCCACCAAAGAACCGUGCAGAGCUGGAAACAGUGCUUGGCAUGGUCAACUACUUAGCCAAGUUCGCACCCAGCCUCUCCAAUGCUAAUGCACCCCUGCGUCAACUGCUAAAGCAGUCCAGUGAGUUUCUCUGGGACAAGCAACACGACAUUGCUUUCCAGAAUGUGAAAGACUUGAUCACGAGAGAACCAGGACCAAUCCUUGCCUACUACGACCCCAACAAAGAGCUCAGACUCCAAGUGGACGCGUCGAAGUAUGGACUAGGUGCAGUGGUACUGCAAGAAGGAAAGCCCAUCGGCUACGCUUCCAAAUCUCUCACAGACUGUGAAAUCAACUACGCUCAAAUUCAAAAGGAGCUCUACGCCAUUCUGUUCGGAUGUAAACGUUUCCAUCAUAAGUCCCACUCUGGGUCAGACAUGUCUGUGAUAGUGGGAGAGGGGCGGGUCAUAGCCUGGAGGGUCACCAGAAGCAUCACCUACUACUGCACCAGCGAUACCCCUGCCCCCUCUCCUCCCACCUCACCUUUAUCCUCCCAUCUAGACUCUCCUCUUCCCUCCCCCUCCUACUCCCUCUCCACCCCCUUUAUCUCAGACAUGCCCUCUCACCCCACCGUUUCCUCAACUCUCACCCCUUCAUUUUCGGAUGUACCAACCCUUUCUCCAUCCUCGCCCUCCUCCUCCCCCCGUCCCCUCCUCCUGCUCCUCCCGUGGCUUGGCGCCCGACCGGGGGCCAUGGCGAAGUACCGGGACCUCUACCUGGAACGCGGCCUGGACAUCCUAUCUGUGGAGAGCACUGUGUGGCACUUCCUGUGGCCUCGCUGGGGGCUGGAGUAUGGGUCUGAGGUCCUGGAGGUCCUGGGAGACCCGCGUUUCAAAGGGCGCCCCCUUCUGGUCCACGCCUUCUCCAUCGGUGGGUACACCUUCACCCAGCUGCUCAGCCAGAUGGCCAGGGAGCCACACAAGUACCCAGGCCUGGCCCAACGGGUUGUAGGACAUGUCUAUGACAGCAUGGUGGUCGGGUCGCUGGAGCAUAUGGCUACAGGCCUGGGCAAGACCCUGUUCCCUCGUAUCGAGCCCCUGGUGCGAUACACCGCUCUGCUCUACUUCUGGCUCUUCAAGUCCCAGACGGUGCACUACUACGACAACUCAGUCCAGGUCUUCUACAACAGCCCCGUCACCGCCCCGGCGCUCUUCUUCUUCUGCGAGAACGACGCGCUGUGCGACCCCGUCGCCAUGGAGGCGGUACUCGACUUCUGGAGGAAGCGGGACGUUGCUGUGGAAACCAGGAAGUGGAAGGAGUCUGUGCACGCUGCUCAUCUACGCUGUCACCCAGAGGAGUACCUCUCCACGUUGGAAAAAUUUAUGAUCUCGCUCAACAUCGCCCCCCUCAGGGAGAAGAUGUGA